AGGAGCUCGUGACGGCAUGGCACAUGGGUACAUUUUGCAUAUACGGAUGGUGACUGAGUUUGCUGGUUGGGCAUGUGUGCUUAACGCAAGCCAGCCAGCAAAUCAGAUUCUCUCGUCAUUUCCCCUAGGAUGAAUUUCUCUCUCUCUCUCUUUUUCUUGCUCUUGCUUGCUCUCUUUGCCAACCAGCCCAUUCUCUGUUAGAGAUCCACUGAUAAGCAGAUAGCUGGAGAUUUUUUCCCAGAUGUUUUACCCAUGGGUUUAAUCGGUGAGAUGCCAGCUCAGCUGAGCCUGGCAGACCGGGAACGGGAUUGGAGAGAUGCAGGGAGGGUGGCAGAGCUGGGUCUCUCCAUCAUCUCCGAGAAGGGACCGCGGAAGAUGCGCGACCCUCCGAGAAAGCAGAGAGAUCCCAGCUCUGACGUAAAAGCCACAGCCCUGGAACGCAAGAGAAAAUCAUGUGCUCCUAUCCACAUCAAAUCAGCACACAUUAUUAUCAACAAAAGAAAUGCAAACACUGCAGAGUCGGACACACUAAAAGUGGAUGAGAGACUGCAACUGGCCCGGGAACGAAGAGAGGCGUAUCAAAAACAGCUGGCCCUACGUGAGCGCAGUUGGCUGGCAAGGGAGGAACGUGCCAGAAACUUCUAUGAGAAACAUCUUGAGGAGCGCAGAAGGAAGCUGGAGGAGCAGCGACAGAAGGAGGAGAGGAGGAGAAUGGCAGUCGAGGAGAAACGCAAACAGAGGCUCAAAGAAGAACGAGAGCGUUACGAGUCUGUGAUGCGAAGGACGAUGGAGAAAAGUCAGAAGGCCAAACAGAAACUCGGUCACUGCUCUCGACGGACCGCCAAUAGCACCCAAAGCAAUAAACGGGCUAAACGGCGCUCUCUUAGCCAAUGGGAGAUCGAGCUUGUCAGUCGUCUUCAGACUCCUACUAUUUCCUAUCUAGCCAGAAGCAGAAGUGCUGUGUGUCUGUCUCGAGACACAGUUGUUCAUGUUUGUCGCCGUUCAGCGUCAUGCCAUUCUACCAACUCCAGCAAUGCACAAAAGGCCCAGGUGCAUUGUGGGAAAGAAGUGAAGAGACCGGGCCCAAAUGUCACUAUCCGCAGAACCGCCAACAGAGAGCUGGUGGCAAAAGGUGGUUUUGAGGAAAAGAACCAGAAGACACAAUCUCAAACAAUAGCUGAAAUCAAUCACAAACAGGACAAACAUCUGCAUGAGAACGCCAUACUCUCAGCAUCAAGUCUGCAGAUUAGAUCACAUCUCAGACAUCCUUUACCCAAACAAGAUGGUUUGCCUCCACUUUUAGAAGAGGAGGAUCUUGAGCAAUAUGAACUUCAACAAGCUGAAGAAACUACACAAUGUCUACAAAGGAGCGAUAGACAGGACAAACAACUCCAGCUGAAUCCAGCUACAAAUCUUCCAUACGGUUCUCCGACUCCUAAUAGACCAAAUCAGAUUGGUGACGGAGAGCGAAUCGGAUCCCCAGCUUGGACCACAAACCCUGAGGAAGCCACACGCCUGCUGGCAGAGAAAAGGAAACAAGCGAGACUAUUGAAAGAGAAGGAAGAAGAGGAACAUAGGCAGAAGUUGGAGAUGGAGAGGAGGAACAGAGAGGAACUGACCCGGCGAAGAGCUGAAGAGCGAGCCAGGCAAGAUGCUGAAGCCUUCAGAUUGAAGGAGGAACUGAGGAUCAGAGAAGAGAAAAGACUUCAGGCUGAGCAGGAGAACCCUCGCAGACAGAUGGAAGAGGAAAACAGGCUUCAGCAACAAAGAGAAGAAGAAGAAGCACGUCAGAGGGCACAAGCGGAGCAACAGAGACUAGAAAGAGAAAUUCGCUUCCAGAGAGAGGAGGUUGAACGCCAAGAGAGAAAGAAGCGCUUAGAGGAAAUCAUGAAGAGAACCAGAAAGACAGAAUCUGAAGAUAAGAGACCUGGAUUGGUGAAGGACACACUGUCCAGUGAGAACCUCAAGCCUGUUGUCAGACUACCAGGUCCUGGCAAAACACCAAAGCUGGAGAUAAGGGACGAGGAGGACAUGCUUCCUACUGUUGCCUUUAAAGAACGCAGAUCAUUUCGCCCACUGGCCGGCCUGGAGAAGAUGCAGGCACAUCAGCAAACAGAGGUUAUUUAAUCAAUGGACCCAUCAUAUGAUCUCCAUACAGUAUGAAGAGCUUCAGAGCAACUUCAGCUCGUCUGGGAAAUGGCUUCCCAUGCACUUUAAAAGUCCUCUAUAUGUAACAAUUCACAUUAUUCUCUGUGCAGUUCUCUAAAAAACGUAAACACUGCUUGAUAUGAUAUGGUGACGCCCUCUGUGCUAAGUACAUAUAUAAAAUGUUGGUUAUAUGAUUUUGAGAUUCACUUGAUAAACAAUUAUAAUCCACCACUUAAUAACCCACCAAAUAAAACUUGAAUGUUUCAUUUAAAUUUUUUACAUUUUAAUUGUGUCACAUUUAAAGGGCAAAUAUUAUGCAAAAUACACUUUUACAAGGUGUGUUGAUCGUGGACAUAAAUCCACCCUGUUCAUAUUUAAAAUCCCCAACCAAAGCAGUCUCAGUAGACAGAAAUCACAAUCUAUGAGUUCAAAUACUUAUUUACAGCUCUAUCAUACAAAUAAAUAGUUAAAAAAUCAUACAUUGUGAUUUCUAGAUUUUUUUUUAGGUUAUGUCUCUCACAGUGGACAUGAACCUAUGAUGACAAUUUUAGACCCCUCCAUGAUUUCUAAGUGGGAGAACUUGCAAAAUAGCAGGGUGUUCAAAUACUUAUUUUCCUCACUAUAUAUUACAUCUUGUAAUAUUGGGCAUAAUAUGUGUCCUUUAAUAUGUAUUGUUUGGUGUUAUGAAGAGGAAUGUAUUUCUGCUAAAGCAGUAGUCUAAAUUUAGUCUAAUGGAGAUUUUAGUCUUAUGUAAGCACAUGCACAUAGAGUGCUCCCAGCAAUUCACCUGCACAUCUGUGUACGCAUAUUUAUUUAUUUUUGCUGUGCUACAGUAGAAAACCACAUUCGGGAUCUUUGCAACGCUGCUGUUUGUAAUACUCAAGUACUUUUCCAUCAUAGCUGACCUAUGCUUUUGUGUCACAGUUUAAUGCCAAAACAGGUGGAGUCAUUCAUUUCUAGUUUCCAUUGCUCAUUUUGCACUGCUGCUUUUUAGCCGUUCCAAAUAAGGAGAUUUCCAGCACUGUUUUUUCAUGAACAAUAUGAUAAAGAAACGCUCGGCUGACUUUAUGAGCUUUAGUGUGCCGGUAUACCUGCUGACUUUGUGCAAUAGAGGCUUAUGCACAUAAUGUGUAAAGAUGUAAACAUUUGAAUUCAUUUUUUUUUGUAUCAGUGUAAGUAAAUACAUUUCAAAACCAAA